AGCAGCCGGAAGGACGUGUUGGCGGUUAGCCAAUAGUCGAGACAUGCGAUUUGAUCCACAUACCGGAGCCUUGCCUCAGUUGCUCUCACUCCGCCCUUGCGAUGGCUUCUGAGCUGCGCGCUAACAAGUCUGGUUUCGCCCGGGAGGUCCAGCAGAAGUUGACUGAGAAGUUUGAUGGUGCGGAAGCAGCGAAGACGUUACGUUGGAUUCGUAUGCUUAAAGCGCCUGAUGGGAUUCCUGAGCGGUUCGUCGAUGCUGUGCAAAAGAUACCCCCAAACAUCCAGUCAGUCGACAUGCGAGAUUACGCGGGUUACCUAACCGAUGGCUUAGUACUGGGCUAUCUCAUGGCCUGCUUGAAUCCCGACACUACUCAUCUGCUAAGCACAGUAAAAAGCUGGCAGGUGUCCGACAAGCCAAUCUUUGAAACUUCGCGUCAGCGAGACCGAAUUGGAUCCUUUCUGCAAUUCACCAGCAAGUUCGGAGUGGAUGGCGCUUUCCAAUUCCAGACUGAUCAACUGUAUGAAAGCACCAACUUGACACAAGUAGUUAUUUGUCUCGGUCAACUCGGUGUGUUAGCCCAGAGUAAAUCGGAUUACCGCGGUCCACCGGACUUUUGGGCCCAACGGCACAAGGAAAACAAGCGUGAAUUCACCGAAGAACAACUACGGUCGGGUGAACGGAUUAUCGGAUUACAAAUGGGCACAACAACUGGCGCCAAUGCCUCGGGUAUCACAUUUGGUAGUCAGAGACGUAUCACGGACUCAUUUUGACCAUGCUCUGCACACAUAGGUUGUCCCUUGGACAUGCAUGAAAGCUUUAUUACUGCCAGCAGUCGGUUCGUCAGAGUCUCCUUUUAUUACGCUUUGUUUUCGUACCAUUCAGCGCCUCUAUUUGAAUUCCUAAUGCCUCAUCACACAUGUUUUUGCCAGAUGGAUGUUUGAGCAAGCCACCCCCGGUUAAUUGUUUUACCACUUAUCUAUUGACUUAUGCGUAUCAUUAUCGCACAUAUGAGAUUUCGGCAUGCACAUGGAUAUAUACACCCCUUUGUGACACUGUAAUUCAGUCUUCUGGAGUUUCGUAUAUGCGCCACUGGUUUCCUUCUAAAAGUGCAUCUGAUCAUACCCAGAAAACUACUUUGUAGUUUCCUACCUAAGCAUAGAUGUUU